AUCACUCGAAUAGAUCCUCUGAAGUUUUCCGCCGACAACGCUCCCAAGUUUCAGUUCUGAAAUCCCGUUGGCAUCCUUUGCGCUUGGAGUUUUUUGAAGUCGCGCACUGUUCGGCUUUCAGCUUUCUUUAUGUUUUGCAAAUUAAAUCCGAUCAAACUGAAAUGGCGGGAAAAUUCACAACCACCUUUGUAGUGUUGGCGGUCGCCACGAUUUUCGCCAGCCUAAGCCCUGUGAGCUGCAACCCUGCUAUAGCGACCGGCUAUGACCCGAUGGCGAUUUGUAUCGAGAACUGCGCUCAGUGCAAGAAGAUGCUGGGCCCGUGGUUCGAGGGACAACUCUGCGCUGAAACCUGCAUCAAGUUCAAGGGAAAACUCAUCCCUGACUGCGAAGACUUAGGAUCCAUCUCCCCUUUCCUCAACAAACUUUGAAAACGAAAACCAUUUAGCCGAAUUAUGUAACACUUUGCGCCGCAAAAUAAGUUUUUAUGGCGCACACUUUUGUUCUAAGUUUGUUUGUAAGACACUUUUGAAGAUAUGCCAAAGCCUAUAAUACUCUAAGUUUAAGUUUAUGUUUUAAGCUUUUUACACUCGCGAUAAAGUGUAGCUUGUACUUUUAUACAGGGUUUAUUAUGAAAUAAAGGAUUGUAUAAGUGAAA